AUGUCUUCGUCGCCAAUGCUGACAAGCUAUACCCUGCGCAUCCGUAGUGACACCACUCCGGUCACGGCGUCGGCAACCAUCACCAACAGUGGCACCACUAAUUGUAACAAUUCACUGAAAAAGCUAAGCCUUAACGAUAACUCGUCGGCCAACAGUACCAAUUCCGGUGAAUCCACGGAUCCGCUUGAGUCGGACUUUAGUGGUGAGGAGGAGGAAGAAGAGGAGGAAGACGAGAAGCGGAGGUUUAGAGUGAUCCAGCCGGAAGACAACGACGACGACGACGACGAGGACGAAGACGAGGAAGUGGAUACCGAGGAGCGAAAAUUAAAAUCCGCUGACUCAGACAAGGACGACGAAGACUCGGACGGUUCGGAGAACGACGACGACAGCAACGACGACGACGACGAGGACGCUGCUAAGGAACAGUGCAAAACUGGCACCAGAAAUGGCCGAUAUGCUCGAAACGCUUCCACUGAUGACGAUACUCGCAACAGUGACACUAGCGACGAUGACGCUGACGAUACUUCUGAUAAGAACAAUAAUAUCGGCGGAAUUCGUGGCAAACAACCGAAGGAGUACGAUCUGGAUGAUUUUCAAAUAUUAAAAACCAUAGAUUACGAAAGUACUGGGAUGUAG